AUGACCGACACUAACGACAUUAUCUACGCAUCGGCUAAGACUAUGGCACAGGCGAUUCAGGACAAGCAUGUGUCGGCGGUGGAGCUGGUGGAGACGCACCUGGCACGUAUUGACGAGGUUAAUCCGGCGCUGAACGCGGUGGUGCAGCUUGCGGCAAAGCGGGCGCGGGCUGAGGCGGUGGAGGCGGAUGCGGCGCUUGCUCGCGGUGAGAGCUUGGGCACGCUGCAUGGAGUUCCUUUCACGCUGAAGGACUCGAUAGACACCGAGGGUGUCGUCACGACGGGCGGUACGCUGGGCCGCAAGGAUUAUGUGCCUGAUGCCGAUGCGACGGUCACGGCUAGGCUGCGGGCUGCGGGUGCCAUUCUACUGGGCAAGACGAACACGCCUGAGCUCACAUUCGCAGGAGAAACGGACAACCUGGUGUAUGGGCGGACGAAUAACCCGUUCGAUUUGAGUCGUGCACCUGGCGGCAGCAGCGGCGGUGCAGGAGCUAUCGUGUGCUGCGGUGGCGCGGCGUUCGACAUCGGCAGCGACACGGGCGGCAGCGUACGGGGUCCGGCACACUACUGCGGCAUUACGGGAAUAAAGCCGAACUCGGGCGCGUGCCCCGCACGGUCAUAUCGUGCCGCACGGCCUUGGCGCGCUGGACUCGCUGACGCAAAACGGUCCGAUGGCGCGGUAUGUGGAGGACCUGGCGCUCAUAAUGCCAAUCAUAUCCGGGCCUGA